AUGCACACACUGGAUUUAGCAAAUUUUCCCGUUACGGACACUCUGAAGAUGCUUGCUUCACUUCUGGAAAAGAUUACUAAUGCUAACGACCAAUUAAAGUCUCAUAGUAUAAAUCACGUCGAGACUCCUCCUCCUACCGUUUCGGUAGCUGCUACACCAUCUUUCACGCGUUUUCAUGCUCGUUCAGUUCCUUCAAUAGAUAUUCAUUCUUAUCUUUCAAGGAUACUGAAAUAUUGUCCUACAACAAAUGAAUGUUUCCUAUCAUUACUGGUUUAUUUUGAUCGUAUGUCAAAGAAUGCAAUAGCAACAACUGGAAAACCUUUCUCUAUAGAUUCUUUUAACAUUCAUCGUCUGAUAAUUGCUGGCAUCAUGGUGUCAUCCAAAUUUUUUUCCGACGUAUUUUUCACAAAUUCAAGAUAUGCAAAGGUGGGAGGAUUGCCAGUAGCGGAAUUAAAUCAACUGGAGUUAGAAUUUCUUAUAUUGAACGACUUUCGCUUAGCAAUAACAGUGGAAGAAUUGCAGAGAUACGGUGAUCAAUUACUCAAACAUUGGGUAUCAGAAGAAAUGAGACAAGGUGGGAACGUAUAUGAUAAUCGAUUUCCCAGGUGGGAUUCGGGUCAUAACCUUGAAAAGAGUUUAAGUAAAAGGACACGUAAAUUCCCCUCUACUGAUGAUACAACAAGCAAGGGUGGUGGACCAAAGGCAAUGAAAGAAGAAGAUCAAGUAGAAAAUAAUCAUCAUAAUAUUAUUCGUUCGCAUCGUCGAGAUAGUAGUUUCUCUUCGACAAAAUCAUUGAACAUUACCUCAACAUAUCAAACUUCAUUAACGUCAUCUCCACAACAAUAUUCAACACAUUUAUCAAAAACUCCACCUCCUCCAUUACCUGGUUCAUCACCUUCAAUAGUUUCAGCGCCAAAUGGAAAUCACCCAAAUUCUAUCAACAAUUCGCCUAUGCACGCUCCAUUUGCUUCAACGAAUGUGUUUAAUGCCCAUCCUGUUUACCAUCAUUUAAAACAACCAUAUCCACAUCCACAUCAUCAAUCACAACAUCAUAGGUCAAUGAGUUUAGGUUCCACGAUAAAGCGUGCAAACAGUAGCGGUUCAUUACUUAAUCGUGCAAGAAGCGGUGACUUGUCAGAUGAUUUACAGCAAUACCAUCAUCCAAGACAUUCAUCACCAAAACCAAUAAAUCCGGAGGAUCAUGCUUAUCGAGCUGCAGCACCCCCACCAUAUCCAUCUGGUCCGACAUCUGCGUUAGCCAUAACAACCUCAAAGUCGAUAAAUGGUAAUAGAAAUGGUUCACAACCGUCGCCUAAUAAUAAUAAUACCUUACCAACCCCAUCUCCCACACAUAAUAUAACAAACCUAAUGCGUCCUCCAUCAACACAGUCUUUACCCGCAACUCCUGUGACUACACUGCCUCCUUCACUUCCGUCAAUGACUUUUAAUGCCGCCACCAUCAGUAAUGUUGCUCAUACGGCUGCCGCAGCCGCUUUAGGUUAUGCCCGUAGGGCUUCCCUUGCCCUUCCGCCACUUCCCCGUCAUUUAAAUGUGUUUGGCGGUGGCAUACCUUCUCCCGUGUCAACAAUUCCUCCUGAAAAUUUGGGUCCUGGUUUAUCUCGACGUGGUUCUGUUCCUGCUUGGAGUGGAAGUAGUUUAUCAAGUAGUAAUAAUGGAAGUUCAAAUGGGGUACAUUCCGAAUCGAGAAAUCCAAGUUCCAAUUUAGCAAUGGGCAAUGGGUCAUCGUCACUAUCAAUUUCCACGGUGCCAAUAUCAUCAUCGUCAGGAAAACAGAGUUCGAUGGUGAACGGUCAUGUGCACAGUCAUAUUCAUACGAAUGGGGUAUCAACGACCCCUCACGGUACUCCAACUACUGAGCUCUCUAGGAGAAGUUCAAAUUCGGGUACGGCUUCAGAUUCUUCUGGUCUGUCAACGUCGAUCUCGGUCCCUCGAAUGACAACCAAUGGAAGCGGAAAUGCAAACUCCAACAUCAAUAAUGUCAAUGGAACGAAUAAGCCGCGUGAAAAUUAA